AUGAUAAACAAUAAGAGACACGAAAGACAUCAACGGGGUUCAUUGACCGAUAUCCGUGGUCAGCCAAAAAAGUUAGGGGCUGGUAAUGGCAACUGGGGUGUCAUUGGUGACGAGAUUAAUACUGAAGGAUUAACAUUGCAUCAUAACUUUUCGAGAUCCGAUUCUGACUCUGUUCACAUAAGGAUUGCUACGCUCGAGGAAUUUAGUAAAAUGAGGAAUGCCGUCCAAGCCCGAUAA